AUGACGGAUAUACAUGGUGACGAAUGCAACACAGUUGAUUGCUUACCCUCUACUACUGCAGGUUUCGGAUGUUUAGGCGGUCUUCCACGCGGUUUCGGUGAAGUUACAACUGCAGGCGCAGAUGAUGUUGCUGUUGUUGCUUGCAGAAGAUACUUCUUUGGCUUCCUUCCCCUUUUUCCAGGAGUAUGUACUGGUGGAGCCACAACCGACAACUCGUCUCUCCUAACCUCAUCAGCGGUGGAUGGGGAUGCAGACAUACCGAGCUGCUGA